AUGAAUUCAACAACUCCAAAAUCAAGCGGAAUCAAUUACGCAAAAUUAAGAAAGCAACGAUCAAACUAAGACACUUUACCAAAAUCAAUGUCAACCAAUAUAAAAAUGGAUGUCAAUUAGGCUUAAUAGUUUGGAGGGAUGAAGCACAGAAGUACUUCUCAACACAAUAUUCAUGAAAUGGCAUAAAUUUAGUUGUUUGAUUAAUGUUUGGUGAAAUAAGCAAAUUAAAAUGAGUUUCUGGUUUUCCUUGAUAGAUAGAUGCAAUACUUUUCUCAAACAACUCCACAAAACUUUUCAUCUUUCAGAGUCAACAAUAAAGCGAUUUAAGAUGAAAAGAAAAAGCUGUAAAUCGAACUCCAAAAGUUUAACUAAGAAAACGCUUUUUUGAUUAAGGAAAUAAAGGAUUUGAAUAAGACUAAGCAAAUGCUUGUAAAGCGAUAUGAUGCCUUGCAAGGUCUGAUUUUAAAAGAACGAUUGAACAAUCAACCCAGGGUUCACUAAUAUAGCAAUCCGAAAUUUCAACAUCUUUUCAAUCAAAUUUCGCCAGUUUAAGAGACUAUAUCAUCAUUGACUGACGAGAGAUUUGAGAGUAAUGCAACUUCGCUUGAUUCUUCUCUAUCAUACGAGGAUGAUUAAUCAUCUGCAUCGUAAUUGCUAGAUUUAUUGUAGAAAAACUCGAAGCACAGAUUCAAUUUUUAAAAGCAAAUGGUAUGA